UUCCUAUUUUGUUUCUCUACCUAGGUAACCCCCCCUCGGGUAUAUUUUUCUUAGGCAUCAUCAUUUUCUCGUUUAGGGUAUCUUUGUUAGGGAAUCUAAGGUGAGUUGUCUGUGGAUAUGAAGAAGUUGAGGAAGGUUUGAUGUGAUUGCUUUCACUCCAUAAAUGCUUUCUUUUCUGUUACCCAACGGCUCCUUUCUCACUUUGUCUCUUCAUUUUCCAGUAUAUUUUGGCUUUUAGGUGCUGAAUUUCGCCUGGCUUCUUUCCUUUUUUUUCUAUAAUAAUCUCUUUGGGGUUGGCUUUGUUUGUUUGGUCUGCUUACACCAUGUCUGAACCAGGGCUAAAUAAGAUGGCAGUUGGUGACACCACUUACACCAAGAUCUUUGUUGGAGGUUUGGCUUGGGAAACUAAAAGGGAUACCCUCAAACGUUAUUUUGAGCAGUUUGGAGAGAUCUUAGAAGCUGUUGUUAUCAAUGAUAAAAGCACUGGAAAAUCAAAAGGUUAUGGCUUUGUAACUUUCAAGGAUGCUGGUUCAGCGAUUAGGGCUUGUUAUAAUCCAUUUCCUGUGAUUGAUGGAAGAAAAGCAAACUGUAAUGUUGCAGCUUUUGGUGCCCACAAGAAUCCUCCAACUUCUGCAUCUCACCAUGGUAUUCAGCCCUUAAUUAGCCCGCUACCACCAUCUCGAGUGAUGGCGCCUCCAAGCACUGGUACCCCCGCAUUUUACCGUCAACUCGUUCCACAAUACGGAUUACCUUACUCGGCUUACGGGUAUCCGGGUUACACACACAAUAGUUAUCCAUUGAACUGUUACAAUGUAUAUGGAGGGCAACAUUUGGCAUCCCAAUACACAACUGGAGUCUACUUAACUUACUUCCCACUCUAUCCCCAGUAUCCCAAAUACCGAGCAUUGGCACCCUCUCCAGUUGCUGCCGCACCAGCAAGAGCGGAAGAAGUUAAAGGUAUGGUAGGAGCUGCUUCCUCUGCACAAAGUUCAGCACUGUAAUUAUGCCAAUGGAACGUAAACAGACAAGUUAACUGCUUAUGCUUAAUCUACACUCUCCAAAAGCAGAAAAGAAAUGGAAGGGAUUUUACUCUUUUCAUUUUUAUAUUUUUUCUUUAUUUUUAUUAUUUCGUAAAAAUCACACUUCAAUAUGGCAAAGACUAGUUAAAUGAAAGGACAUAGUUAUUUACCUAA